AUGAGCCAUGUGGAAUGCAUCCUGCAGGAGGGCCACUAUGUCCAGCACAUGAGCCCUUCCAUGCCAGUCUUCCUAGCAGCCGUCAUCCAGUACCUGACAGCCAAGGUCUUGGAGCUGGCAGGCAACAAGGCCCAGACACAGGGCAGUAGGUGCAUCACACCAGAGAUCGUGGCCAUGAUGCUCCACAGCAACCGGCUACUCAGCAGCUGUUCAGAGAGACUACCUUCUCACAUGUGGCCUCAGCCAGGCAGUAGCUUGCUCAACACGACCUGGGUCCCUGGGCCUGGGCCAACAGGUACCAGGUCCGCUCACAGCCAGCAGAGUCCCAGACUGGCUGGUGCCUUGGGCAAAGUUGUUGACAUUUAA